UUUUUUUUUUUUUACAUGAGAAGCUCACUUUCACGUUAAACUCGUCAUCUUCUCUUAUCAGCAGGAUAUAAUAUAGAGAGGUAAGAUGGAUAUCGAUUUUGAGACAUGUGACAUGUAGUAUUUUCAUAUUGUUGUAUACACUUUCAUUUUAAUUAGAAAUUCCUGUUCUUUUAAAAAGAUUUCUCACCAGCUCUGUUAAAUGUCAACACAACACUGAGCUUAUACCAAGCUUUUUAUUUUCAAAGCCUUUAACAUUGAAUUCAGCUCGUGAAAUGCUAAUUUUGCUUUUUGCAACCCGCGGAAACAACUUUGAAGAUGACUACCACAAAAAGUAAAAUCCUUUGAUAUGUUAGCGAAAGUGAAUAAACAUAUUUGUCUUCGUAAAAUCUAUUUUAUAAUAUAAGUGAAAUUUUAUCACCAAAGCACACCCUAAUUGUACUGUAUAAAGUUGUUGAAUCAAAUUUCAAUCACUCUAGAAUAAUUGUCUUAGUAUUUAAACUAGAAAAGGUAUGAACAAAACAUUGACAAAUACUGUAAACUUGUCACAGGUAGCUAUGUAGAAAUUGCUCUGGUUGAUAAAAUUCUAAUGGUCCUUCUCUUAUUUCAGUUCAUGUGACAAAACAAGCUAUCCAUUGUGCCAUUAUUAAAUGCUGUGAAACAUAUUUCCAAUAACCCAAAACACAGUAUUUUUCAGCUGUUUGAAGCUGAUCUACAAAACCGAAAGUUAAAAGACCCCAAAAUGAAACUUAUGAACGGGAAGCAUAGAAACGGCCGUACAUAGAAUGCAUCUAUCGCUCAGACAUGCUCAGACAUGUUUUCAAUGAGAGUGACAGAUCUACAACUCACAUUUCUAUGUGAAUUUGGUUGCGUCGCCCAAAAACCGACAUACUUGCGCCUAGAUUACGCAUUUUAUUAAUUGAGCCUUUUCAGUCUUGUUUGUGCCCAUUGUUGUACUUUGUAUCAUAGCAUCAUAAAGUGGCUGCCAAUCCUGAUUACCAAGAGAUAGAGAUAAAGAAAAUAUAGGUUCUGUCCCAGGGGAAACGGAUACAUUGCUGCCAACCCAAGUAACUGAUAACAUGAGCUCUGAUGAAACGAGGAACAGUGGUCGGUCCAUGUGUCAACCAAUAACGUUCAACCGUACCUCUGUGAAAUGGAGCCAGCAGGUGGAGACAGAGUACUCCCUGUAUACAGUCGCCUCAGCAGACAGUGAGAUUGAUUUAUAUGGAUCUGGUCUUCAUAUAAAUCAGAGCCCUACGGUUGAGGACCCUCUGCCUGCUUUAGGCCAGAUGCAGGAUAGCAGAAUAGUACAUGGUACCAGACUGGACUGUACCAUAUGUGUGCAGCACAGUGACGAAGCUGUGAAGUUCUGCCAGGACUGCAAGGCUACUUUCUGUGAGAACCAUGUCAGAGACCACUACCAGGCCCCGGGACUGAUGAAACACACAUUGGUGGAGGCCACUGAAGGAAGGAAAACCGUUCCAAAUGUAGACCAAAUGUAA